AUGGCAAUCCACUUGUUGAACUCUUCUGCUAUCCAGUCAGCACUCCUCAAGGCCGUGCUGGCAUUUGGAUUUGUUGCUCUGUCGCUUGUUGGUUGGCGUAUAAUCCACUGCCUGUUCUGGCACCCACUGCGUCACUUCCCAGGCCCGUGGUAUGCCGCAUGCUCGUCACUGCCGUUGGGCCUGGCCUCCGUCACGUCAAAGGAGCCCGACUGGCUCAUGUCGCUUGUGCGCAAAUACGGCAAGGACGGAAGGCCAAUCCGCAUUACACCCACUCUCCUGUUCUUCUACAAGGCUUCGGCGCUUAAUGAGAUCUACUGGAAUUCCAAGUGUAACACCAAAUCGUCCAUGUACGGGCACGAUGCCCUGGGACCCAGAUCAAUCUUCCAAGUCACCGAUAGCCAGGAGCACAAGGAGCUGCGCAAGGCCGUCGGCGGGGCGCCAUGGGGCGUCGGCUUGAUCAAGAAGAACUGGGAGUCGCGGGUGGACAAUCUCAUCCGCAUGUUCCUCUCCAACCAAAAGAAGCCCAUUGAAACUGGCGAGCCGGUCAUCCUGAGCGACAAGGUCGCCGAGUUUGCCGCUGACGUGCUCACCACCAUCGUGUUCACCACGCCCUGGGGCUUCCUCACCAACGACCGCGACGAGCGCGGCCUCAUCCGCGCCUGGCGGGACGGGCUCGCCCUCUUCGGCCUCUCGCAGCGCUGGCGCUUCCUCCGCGAGGUGAUACUCCCCUCGCCGCUGGGGCCCCACGUGCUCCCCCGCGAGUCGGACGAGACAGGCAACGGCUGGCUGGUCACGCAGGCGAACCGCGAGAUCGCCGAGCGCGAGCGGCGCAUGGAGAUGGGGGAGCCCCGGCCGGACCCGCCGGACAUGCUGCAGCUGGCGCUCGAGGCGACGGUCGGCGGCAGCGGCGACGACUACGGCUCGGCGCGGCCGCUGACCGCGACGCAGAGGACGGCGCACAUGACGCUCCUGAUCCAGGCGGGCGUCGACACGACGGGCAGCGGGCUGGGCGCCACGCUGCGGCUGCUCCUCAUGCACCCCGACGCCAUGGCCCGCGUGCGGGCCGAGAUCGCGGCGGCGGAUGAAAAGGGGCUGCUGAGCCCGGUCGUGCAGUACGACGAGACGCGGGCGCACCUGCCGUACAUGAGUGCGUGUAUCCGGGAGUCGCUGCGUGUGAACCCCCCGAUCCCAAACAUCUUUCCGCGCCUUGCGCCGCGGGGCGGCAUAGAGAUCGAUGGGAACUUCAUCCCGGCGGGCACCGAGAUGACGAGCCAGGCGUAUGUCGUGCAGAGGGACGCGGACGUGUUCGGUGCUGAUGUGCAUGAGUUCCGCCCCGAGCGGUGGCUGGGCCCCGAGGAGCAGGUGGCUAAGAUGGACGCUGCCAUGUAUGUUUUCGGCAUGGGCGCGAGGGUGUGCUUGGGCAAGGAGAUUGCCCUGAUGGAGAUGCAUAAACUCGUACCUGAGAUCAUCCGUCGGUUUGACCUAGAAAUGCUGGAGGAGGGGAAGUGGGUUGUGACCGGGGGCAUUGCGUCGCACGCGCCCGGUCUCAAGGUGCUGAUCAGGGCUCGGAAGUAG